AUGGAGGCUACCGUUUCCUUUGGAGGUGGUAUGUUCAAACUCAUAUCGGAUAACUACUCAUAUUGGAAACCGAUGAUGGAAGAUCACCUUUACUGCCAUGAAACAAUCAUCAAGAACAAGAUGGAAGAAAAGGAUGAUAAGGCAUCGAAGCUUCUGAAUUGA